CUACCCGGCACACCAACACAACGAGACCGUCAAGUGCAACUGGCGCUCCGCGCAGCGGUGAGAUCCUUCCAGCCGCCCCUUCCGUGCCAGAGUAUCCCUUCCCUCUCGUAUAAAGUUGGCACGCUCGGUGGUUCCUGCUUCCACCGCCGCCUGCCUGCCCGGCUGCCAGGGCGGAAGAUGAAGCAGAACCGGCAUCGCCGUCCGUUGCGGCCGCCGCAUCGUCGAGGUUGUUCACCGCCGCCGCCGACGUGCGCGAAGGAGAAGAGAAAGGCGGUCCGCUUCUGCUGCAACAGGGCCACCGUUGCCGCGCAGCUGUCUUUCGCGUUUCAUUGCGUCGCCCCGACGUCGCUGGCGACCAAGAUGGCGGCGUCAGUGCCGUCGCACGCCGUGGAUACCUGUGACGACGAAGACGACGAUGCCCUGCGCUGUGUCACGCCGGACCAGGUGGCCAUGGGUCUCGGCGACCGGGGACGCAAGCGGAUCGCCAUCGUGGGCGGCGGCUCGGCGGGCAUGACGGCCGCCAAGUCGUGUCUCGAGGAGGACCUGGAGCCCGUGGUGUUCGAGCAGACAGACGCUCUCGGAGGGCUGUGGCGGUACCGGGACGUGCCGGAGUACGGCGUGCCGUCCCUCAUGAAGGCCACCAUCAUCAACACCUGCAAGGAGAUGAGCAGCUUUAGCGACUUCCCUCCGCCGCGCGAGUUUGCCAACUACAUGCACCACUCGAGCCUGGUGCGGUACUUCGAGCUGUACGCGAACCACUUCGGCGUCACCAAGCACAUCCGCUACAACACCGAGGUGACUCGAGUCCAGAAGAGCCAGGACUACGACGAGACCGGCCGUUGGGACGUCACGUACAGGACAAAAGGCCAACCGCCUCGGACGGAGACGUUUGACGGCGUGAUGAUAUGUUCGGGCCACCACGUGAUCCCCCACGUGCCGACCUUCAAAGGCCUGGACAAGUUCAAGGGCCAAGUUUUUCACACGCACGACUACAAAAUACCCGACGGGUUCCGCGACAAGAAGAUCCUCAUCAUCGGCGUCGGAAACUCGGGCGCAGACGUCGCCGUGGAUUUGUGCCCGUGCGCUGAAAAGGUUUACCUGAGCACGCGCCGCGGCUGCUGGGUGAUUCGCCGCGUGGGCUUCUGGGGCAUACCGGCGGACUCGUUCCUGAACCGUCGCACGGUGAACCUGUUCAACAAGUACGCGCCCGAGUGGCUCGUAAACUUUGUCUACGAGACAUACUCGAACGAGGCGUUCAGCCACAAGUUGUACAGGCUCAAGCCCAAGCACCGCUGGCGCAACCAGCACCCGACCAUCAAUGACGCGCUGCCCAACGGGAUCCUCAGCGGACGCAUAAUUAUCAAAGGGGACGUCGAGGAGUUCACCGAGACGGGCGUCAUCUUCAAGGGCGAAGAAGGGUAUGAGGAGAAGCUGGACGUCGUCAUACUGGCUACUGGGUACCUG